CGCUCCACUCGGCCUACUUAAAGGACGACCCUUUCCCGUCCCGGACUGAACGAGGCGGACUCGUGGGCCGGUGACACCCAGAAGUUGAGAGUUUUUUGAGACCCGGGAGGUCGCGGACCGCUGCUCCGCGGUUGUCAUCAUGCCACAAAAUGAAUAUAUUGAACUGCACCGCAAACGAUAUGGAUAUCGUUUGGAUUACCAUGAGAAAAAGAGAAAGAAAGAAGGUCGGGAGGCCCACGAACGUUCAAAGAAGGCAAAAAAAAUGAUUGGCCUGAAGGCUAAGCUCUACCAUAAACAGCGCCAUGCCGAGAAAAUACAGAUGAAAAAGACUAUUAAGAUGCAUGAGAAGAGAAACACCAAGCAGAAGGAUGAUGAGAAGACUCCACAGGGAGCAGUCCCCGCCUACCUGCUGGACAGAGAGGGGCAGUCGAGAGCAAAAGUACUUUCCAACAUGAUUAAGCAGAAACGGAAAGAAAAGGCGGGAAAAUGGGAGGUCCCUCUACCCAAAGUUCGUGCUCAAGGAGAAACAGAAGUAUUGAAAGUUAUUCGAACAGGAAAAAGAAAAAAGAAGGCAUGGAAGAGAAUGGUUACUAAAGUCUGCUUUGUUGGUGAUGGCUUUACAAGAAAACCACCUAAAUAUGAAAGGUUCAUUAGGCCUAUGGGUCUACGUUUCAAAAAAGCUCAUGUCACACACCCUGAGCUGAAAGCUACCUUUUGCCUGCCUAUUCUUGGUGUGAAAAAGAAUCCAUCAUCCCCAUUAUAUACAACCCUGGGUGUGAUCACCAAAGGUACAGUUAUUGAAGUGAAUGUGAGCGAGUUGGGCCUUGUGACACAAGGAGGCAAGGUGAUUUGGGGAAAGUAUGCCCAAGUUACCAACAAUCCUGAGAAUGAUGGAUGCAUAAAUGCAGUCUUGCUGGUUUGACAGUGACGUCAUUCAUACAAGUCAUUCUACUCAGUACUGAAGACUACCCACUGUCAGGAAAACACCAUGGCUGGGAUCUUUCUGAACUACCGAGCAGCCUUACCCAAUGUGCAGUCAUCAAGAAGUAGUUAUUAAGUUGUAAAGGAAAAUAAAACUGCCCAGUUUGACAGUUGGGUCUUUAUUUUGGGGCAUAAUGGUUUACGUGUUAAUAAAAUUUAGUGUCUGAAUAGCAAGCACACAAAAGCGUACUAAAACCUAUGUAUGCAGCAAUACAAGUCUCAUUACUUGAAAAGCCAUCAGUAUAGUUGAACGUUACUGUAAAGGUCGAGUAUUUUCCAUUUCGUUGCCAUUAAUCCUAAAAUGUGGAACAUUUUAAACACAUGGUAGCAUUUAAAUUCAUAAACUAUGACAAUAAAAGUCUUGAGAGGGUAAAUUAGAUGAAAAGAGUGCACAACUCAGUGCUUUCACUCAUAAUACCUUACGUAGUACUUUCAGUGACCUCCAGUGUGCUUCCUCCAUUUCCUAUAGUCUAAAAAUAGGGAGUACACUUAAUACUGCUACAAUGAUGUGAACAAUUGGGUUAGAUAAUUCACCAUGUACCAGUGACUUGAGAUUAAAUUGAAAUGAUUUGGGGUUAAUCCACAUUCUUAAGAGUGUGUGUUUAUUAAUCUGUAAUCACCAUAUUGCUUUAAAUUGUUUAUUUUUUAAAUCUACUUUCAUAAUACAGGCAGUUUGAUUAGCUUGCCUUUAACAGAAUCAUGCAGUGUCUAAUAUCUAAGCACAUCUUCAUGAAUGAAACUCAGGAAAGGAAAUUUAAAAUACAAGACUAGAAAACAAUC